GGCCAAGCUCGUGACCCUCAUGGCGCGCCUCCUCGUCACGCUCGAGCGGGACGUCGCAGAGUUGAAGUCGACGGUCUACGAGUGCGCCGUCCUCCCAGCCGCCAAUUCUCUCGUGGAGGCCAGCGUUCGCGCGGGCAAGGAGUACAACAACACCAGCAAGGACAUGAAGAAGGCUCAGAAUCAGGGCGAGGCCCAGGACUGGAAGGGCCGAGGCAGCCCACACUUGCACAUUUUCAUGACUUUCAUGAUCGCCGCCGUCUCGCUGUUCACGGAGAGGAAAGACGAGGAGAUGAAGACGGUCGUGAUCAAGGCCAUGACGGACCUCAGGUCGGUCCCUCUGCCAGAGCUGGGGCUCAUCGUGCGGGUCUUCCGCGUGCGCCUGCACAAGAUCAAGGAUGGCGAGGGGCGCGCGGGCCACUUCGAGUGGGCGAUGGGCGGCAGGUCUCCCGCGGGCCUCGCACUGCACGAGCUGAUGGGCAGGGUCAUGACGAGCCAGUCGGCGGAGAGGAUGUCAGGCCCAGCCCCACGGGGCCCACUGGCGAGGGAGAUCAUCGGCCUGAGCAGCAAGAGCUGAGCCUCCCUGGCCUCCCCAGCCGCCAGGCCCUUCUCAGGAGUGAGAGGCUAGCAGAGUUGUUGCGCAGAGGCGCCGUCUCGGCCGAGGCGGUGCAUCGCGCCACGCAGGUUCAUAUUGUUACAUAUUCCCAUGCUGCUCUUCCGUCC